AAAAUGUCCUCCCUUUCCUCCUCUGUAUUCCUUUUGGGUCUAAUGUCCAUGACCAGUCUAAUGGCUGCCUCAGCUGAUAACUUCCACCACGAUGUUGAAAUCUUUUUCGGCAAAAACCUUGCUAAGAUACUCGAUGGAGGCAACAUGAUCAAGUUGUCAUUAGAUAACUGCUCUGGCUCGGGCUUCCGUUCCAAAAGUAAGUAUCUGUUCGGUAAGUUCGAAAUGCAUAUCAAGCUUGUCCCUGGCAAUUCAGCUGGCACUGUCACCACUUUCUAUUUAUCCUCUCACGAACGAAGACACGAUGAGAUUGACUUUGAAUUUUUAGGCAAUCUGACCGGACAACCAUAUCUACUUCAUACAAAUAUCUUCGCCAAAGGCCAAGGCGACCGGGAACAACAGUUUUAUCUCUGGUUCGAUCCCACGACAUCCUUCCACAAGUACACCGUCGUUUGGAAUUCUCAACGCAUCAUUCUCAUGGUGGAUGAUAUUCCAAUAAGGUUAUUCAACAACAACGAAGCGAUCGGGGUUCCAUUCCCAAAUAGCCAAGCGAUGGCAGUGUACUCGACGAUCUGGAAUGCAGAUGCGUGGGCAACAGAAGGUGGGAGAGUGAAGACCAAUUGGACGGAAGCUCCUUUCACUGCUUCCUAUAGGAAAUUCUAUGCAAAUGCUUGCAUAGACUCAUCUGGAUCAUCUUCACGUGGUACUUCUGAGUCUACCAAUUCACUAAGUACAAGUACUACUCAAGCAUGGCAAACCGAAGAAUUGGACAACGAAGCCCGGAAAAAACUGCGCCGGGUGCAGAAGCAUUUUAUGGUUUACGAUUACUGCACCGACAUCAAACGGUUUAGUCAAGGACUUCCCCCUGAAUGCAAACGUCCAAGGUUUCUGCAGUGAGCAUGUGUUCUUGAUGAUCCCCUUCUCCCCUCAUUUUGAAAUCACAACCUCAGGGGAAAUUCUUUAUUCUUUACAUUCAAAUUAAAUCUUACGCAAUAUCGCAAAUGCAAGAUUGAAAAGAUAUCGGAUAGGUUAUGCGGAAUAGGAUAAGGAGUUAGGGAAUUGGUGAGUAAGUCGUAUGGAUGGCAAAUCUUCGUGGUUAGACUAAAAUCUUAGAGCAUGGUCAUUGUACUUAAACUCCGUAAUCGACGAUUGAAUAAUUACCAGUCA